AUGAACAGCGAGCGAAGGAUGGCACUGGACGGGAACAACAGGUCUAGGGCGGGCUCGCCCGGAGAUGUUGCGACGAGGAGCAGAGGCUCAAGAAUUGUCCAGCGCGAAACCAGUGGUUUCCUAGAGAGCGAGGAAACACGUUUUGAGCCGCUUCGUUUUCUUCAAAGCCACGGCGUGGACUUUCCGCGGCGCGCAAACUCGUGCGUCCUGGACGCGGAUUCAUUCGUCUUUGUGUCUGGGAGGCAAGUCGUCGUGCACCGGUUUUUGACCGGUAAACAGCCCCUGAAGAAAACGGGAUCCAGCUCGACGCCCGAAGCCGCGCCACAUGGCGAAGGCUCCGAUUACGCGGCAACGUUCUCAGCUGGACCUCUCAGGAAAAAGCCGAUUUUUUUGGACGCCAUCGUUCCCGACGAAACGGAAGCGACGCCCUGGAUCAACAGCCCGCCGACGGACGAUGAAGAACCAAAGACUUUGCAGCCGAGCGAAAGAGUCGAAGGACUUCGAGCUCGGCAAACGUGGAUCCGGCCUUGGCAUCGUCGACGGAUCAAAACUCCUUCGUGUUGCAUUAUGCUUCUGGAGAAAAUGGGGAAGGCGGGGUCUCAGCCCUCGCAGUUGAUACCUACCAUCAACUGCUGGCGGUUUGCGAGUGGAACAAAUCUGCGCCACCCUAAAGAAGGCACAUCGCGAGAAAAAAAGACAAGUCAGCGCCAGUCUUCUGUCGGGGCGUUCUCUCUCGGCGAACCGCCGAUCCCGUCGCCUCCGUCCUUCAAUUCACCGGCCAAGCAAGCCGGAGAAACAGGAGCAGAGGCCAGCCACCACACGCAAGAAGUGAGCUCUGGAGACUUCACACACUCAGUUGACAGGCGAAAUCCCUCAUCACCAGACGAAGACGCAAUCCUCUCCAUCACCCCCGCCUCAGCUUCUUCUCCUUCGGAUGCUGCUCCCUCUCUUGGUGCAAGUACGCGGAAAGAGGAAGCGUCGCAGAUGAGUUUGAGCUCCUCCGUUUUGUUGGCUUCCGUCGGUUGCGCCCCGGACUUCUAUCUCACACUGUGGGAUGUUGAGCAAGGUGCGGCUCUGCUGCGAUUCAAAGCAAGUGCUCAGGAGGUCUACACAGUUAAAUGGUCCUCCCUCUUCCCCUUCCAGUUGACCACAUCCGGCGCUCGUCACGUAAAGCUCUGGAACGUCGCCAAGACUUUCACCGGUUUGAAAUUGCAGGGCCAAGCCUGCAAAUUCGGAGCCGUCGAGCUCUCCGAUGUUCAGGGCUUCGUCGACUUGGCAGAUGGAUGGCUGCUCGCAGGCUCCGAGUACGGCCAGCUGCUCGUCUGGGAAGGGUGUCUCCUCAAGGCCGAGGUGAAGCAGGCCGUGGCGACUGUUGUCUCCAGCGUGGACGCGCCGUCUGAGAAGGCUGGGCGAGAUGAGAGCGGCGAGCCUGCGUCGCCGGCGGCUGUGUCUUCGCCUGGAGGCCUGCCUGGAAGCCUGUUCAGCUCCGCUGCUUCGUCAGCGUCUGGGCCAAGCCCCGCGGAAAAGACGCCUCUCUGGCCCUCGAGCAGAAAAAGGCAGUCGGUGGCGCGCGAAGAGAAGCCGAACUGGGGAGGCGACCGUGGACGCCGAGCGUCUUCCAAGUUCAACGCCGUCGCCGUUGCAGGAGACGGGCGGCGAGGCAGCAGAAAGACGAGUCUCCUGAGCUCUGCGCCGGGGCUCGGUCCGGGGCAUCUCGGAAACGGCGCGGAGGGGCGCGAGAAAGACGGAUGGCGAGAACCACAAAUCGAAAGGGAAGUGGUCUUUAAAGGCGUCAGCUGCCAUGCCGGCCCCAUAUGCAGUGUUUUCAAAGACCCCAAAGACCCAGACAAAAUCGUCUCUGCAGGACACGACGGACAUAUCAAAUGGUGGUCUCUGGAAGCCAUCCUCACUGCGGCAGAAGGGGUGGACGCGCACAAGCUCGAGGCGGCUGUGCCUCUUCUCCGAUGGGUCAGCCUUCCCGACGGCCGGGGCAUCCGACACAUUGCAGUGAAGGCGCCUUGUCCCUCUCCACAUGCCAAUUCGUCUGCGCCCGCAAACUGGCUGAUCGAGGACCUCGCGGGCGCCUUCUGGAGCUACAACCCGGUCACAAACGCCCUCGUGAUGCUCCUCGACCUGCAUGCCGCAGACAUCGUCGGCGUCGCCCCUCUUGUCUCUUCCUUCGCCGACCUUAACGCUGAAGCUCUCGCCACAAGCUCGUCAUCGUCUUCCUCUCUUUCUUCUAGUCCCGCUGGAAUUUUCCCGGAGAGACAACACGCGAAAGGGCUGCGUCUCGCGCACGAGGCGUUACUGGCGACGGCAGGCGCAGACGGCAGCAUCCGCGUUUGGCGCGACGCGCGGAAAAGCCUACCGGCUGUUUCGAGGCGAUGGGAUGCGGCGUUCACCGCCCUUCUCUGUCUCCCGUCGCGUCCACACCGCCUCUGCUGCCCUCCGCACAACACUUCUUCUCCGUCCUCUUCGCCUCGUUUUUCUUUGACUCCUUCUCUGGACGGAUCGUCGCCUGCCGGGUGCGAGGGUGUUUCCGCGUCAUCUCCACCUCCGCGAAAGGACCGCGUCGACGCGUGGGUCGCCACUGGCUCGGCGGACGGCGUCUUCAGAGUGCUGGGGGUCUCUGCCGAGGCGAUCUCAGUCGUCUACGCCAUUAAAACUCAUGCAGCGGAGAUUCGGGCUCUCGCAUGCAGUCCAGACGGUUGCGGAAUUGCCGCACUCGGCUCAGACGACGUCGUCGUUCUCCUUGAGUGCGACGGCGAACGGCCGGUGACUGCAUUUGGAGAAGAAAAUCAGGAGACAAAAUCAGGGGACGGAGUCCGUGCAGACGGCCCAGGACGGAGGCGCGAGGGGCGCGGCGAGCCUCGCGGGCGAGCAGGGGACAGCGGAGGAGACGGAGAAAACGUUGGCAGAUCGGCGAGGGGUUGCGGGGAGUCCUCGUCUCCUGCCACAACGGCAGAGCUGGAGGCGACGAGCGCGCCGUAUCGAGUUGUCGGGUACACGCAGGCGCCUGAAAAGGUGCAAGAGAUCCUCUGGAGCGACGGGGAACAGAUCCUUCUCGUCGGGGAGACUACUGUGCUACAGAUUUUUCUGUGGCGAGAGGGCGGGAAGGUGAAAGCGACAGGCGACACGGGAGAGGCAAGGCGCCCUGAGAGGACAGCAGACAGCAGAGACGGCGCUGAGAAGAGACCUCACUGCGAAACGAUCCGCCAGCUCCGCACGCCAGUCGUGAGACGGGUUGUUGUUUCUCUGCCGCCUUCUUUGCUUCGUCGCCUCCACCGCACGAGAGUCCUUCUCUCUUCUUCAGCCUCUUCAAGUUCACGUCGAGGUGCCGACACCCGCGCAGAGCGGAUUCUCGGUGAACCAGAGCGAAACAGUGACUCUGAAAGCUCCAGCAGUGAGGACGAAGACGCUGAACUGUCGCCCGCUGGCGCCUGCCUCAGCGGUGCGGAACGUCGGAAGGAAAACGGUGCCCAGGGCCGGUCGUCGUGCUUGCCUUUCGCGAUCACUGCGACUGCGCUUCUUCUUGCUGCGCCCGGCGAUACAGACUAUUCGCGUUCUCUUGGCGAGACGCGCGACGAAUCUCGCAUGCGCGCUUCAGACAGCGGCCGCUCUCGCAGCGAUGCCAGUCAGUCUGCGGAGGAGUCAAGUCGCGGCACGGAGGGGAGACCGAGCACCGUCGUUGAGGCGGGAACCGAACAGGACAAGCAAGCGCUUGUGUCGCACAGGCAUUUGUCUCCCUUGGGGGAGCGUGCAUUCACGUCGAUGUACGUCGUCGGUACCGGCGCGCUCUUUGGGUUUCUGUGGCGGGUGGUCGUGGGCGAGGAGUGCUCGAAUUCGCGAGAACGCCCCGCUGAAGCGUUGCCGGUGAGUGCACACAGAGCCGCAGCGGAGCCGGCGAGGGUCGGGCCCCGCCUGGAGGAAGAAAGACCUAGCGUGCGCCGCCCAUGGACGCGGGGAACUGGCGAGGCUCCAGAGAAAAGGGGCGACCGGAGGGAGACAGACAGUGACAGUGGGGAAGUCGCGUCGGGCCCAAAAGAGGCGGAGCCUUUGAGCCUCGCUCCGGUCGCAAAUCUCCUCGGCCUCUUCAGCCAGGCAGCCUGCCGCCCGUUUCAGAGAGGAGGAGAAAGAGAAGAUGGACGACGGAAACGUCGAGCGGUGUGUGGCGAGAUUUCCACGCCGAGCUCUGGCCUGGCGCGAAGCAGGCCUCCGUCGCCGAAGGGGACUGGAUCAGAAAGCCGAGGUCGAGACGGCCUCGAGACACCUGCGAAGAAAGGCGGUGCGGCGUCAGGUGGAAUGAAGCCGCCCUGCAGAGGAGGGAAGCCGUUCAAGGCGCGAGAGGAAGACAACGACACAGAAGACACUCCGAUUGUCGCGGUCCUGAAAAAAGUGCCCGACCAGGAUCUUCUUCUCCUCGGCCUCACUGACGGACGCAUCGGAAUUGUUCACCUCCGCUUUCUCCAGAUUUGCUUCGUGGUUCCCGCAUUCGACUGUCAAUUCGGAGCUGUAAAGACGCUCACGACAGCUCCGCUUCAUCCACCGAUGGAAGAGUACCAGGCGGCAGUCGCUCGCGCGCUCGCGGCAGGAGACUGUGCAGCUCGAGCAAGGCAACGCGCUGCGGAAGCCGCGGAGCAAGCAGGGGCAGCAGCCGCGCACGCUGAAGCAGUGAAGAACCUGGACUUGCCGGAGGCGGCGAAGGCGGCGAAGGCAGCUGCGUCGCGACGCGACGCCGCAGAGGCCACAGACAGCGCUGAGGGAGCUGUACGUACACUGGAAACGCACGCGGCAGCUGUGAGGGCCUACGAGGCUCAACUGCUCUUGCUGGCAGGGUCCGAAGGUGGGACAUGGGCGAAGUUUGUCGUAAACGGAGCGGCACUGGCGCGCGCCGCCGAGGCCGAGCACGCCAAGCUAACAGAGAAGGUGAGGGAGAAGGUGGAGAGGAAGAGAAAGCGAAGAGCAGAGAGAGAAGAGAAGGAAAAGGCGUUUGCUCAGCAAGCGGAAGAAGGGGGCGUUGGAGGGGAAGAUCUGCCAGCACAGGCAAACGAGAAAGACGUCGAUGACAAAGACGAUGGUGAAGACGCCGCGGUUACAGGGGACUCUACGCGUCACGGGCGACCAGGAACGACAGCCAAGUUUUCCACAGAUCUUUCUUGUAGCUGGUGCGUGGACGCGAUCGUCUUUCCCCGUGGACUUCGGCGAGCUGCCGAACUCGCGGCGACGCGAAAAGCAAAAACGCUUCUCUUUCCUCGCCGUUCUCCUUUUUUAUCCGCCGGUGCCGGCGAGCCAGAAGUCCCUGGACACCCAGCAGCGCCCGGCGAACGAGCGCUUGGAGCAGUUCCGAUGUCACGAGCGCAGUCAGAAGACGAAAAAAGGGCGGCAGCCAGUGCGAGAGAGGACGAAGGCUGCAAAGAAGAAGGAGCGGCAGCAGUGGCGGAGAACACAGACAGAGGGGACGCGAAGGAGGCCGAGGAAGCAGAAACGAACCAGCCGCAGUUCGCUGCGUCUCGCCUUGCGGAAGACGGAACCGGAAGCGAUGUGCGAACGUUCGAGGGUGUAUGUAAACCUCUUCCUCACAGCGAGAGGGAUUCCCCUGCACGGCCUCCACGGUCUUCGGCCUCGUUCGCGUCAGUGGCCGGGACGCACACAUCGCCUUCGCUGGCCGUCUGGGAUGCUGUGAAGGGGGCCGAGGAAAGAGACAAGUUUCUGCGGCAGACUGCGGCCGAGGCCUCGCUGGAAGCAGUCGCAGAUGUGGAGAAAGCGGAAGCUGAAGUCGACGCAGCCCUCGCGAAACGCCGAGAGGAAGAGGAAGCGAGGCGAAAUCAGGAACGGCAGCAGGCACAGCGAAACGACGGUUGGAAAGACGUGACGGACUCCGCGGCACUGUCCCUCCAGGUGCGCGAGAGGAGCGUUUCGUGGAAAGAGGGUCCGCGGCAGGAAGCGUCGUGGGAGAAGGAGAGAACUCACAGCAGGAAACCACGCAUAUGCUCACAGAUAUCCCGAUAUGUCUUAGGUUGUGAUGCGCACGAAAUACUAGGGUGGUGCACGUGUCUUGGAUUUCAACCGGCGUGUGGUGAAGCGAUACACAGAGAGAGGUUAUGA